AAAGUAAUGGUGUCCACCAGUGAUGGAGCGUCAUGGAACCGGAAGUUCUACCGUAUGCAUAGAGUAAAAGGUGCUCCGCGGGAUAUGGUGGUGUUCAAGACUAGAAAUUUAUGGAGUGAUGAUGAAAGAUUCAUUUAUUUUGUGUCUGAUGUACCCCACUUAAUAAAGACUACCAGGAACUGCUGGGCCAAUUCUGAGGCACAUCGGAAAUCCAGAAGUCUAUGGAAUGGUAAUCCAAUAUUAUGGAGGCAUAUUUCAGAGUUGAUAAUGGAUGAUCGAACCAGGGACAUUCACUUGUUACACAAGAUUGGAUAUGAGCAUAUCAAUUUAACAUCUUUUUCAAUUAUGAGAGUUAACCUUGCAGCUCAGGUUCUAAGUGAAACAGUGUCCCAUGCUAUUCAAAGAUUUGGUCCACCAGAAGCAGGGGAAACUGCUAAGUUUGUAAUGUAUAUGGACAACUUUUUUGACUGCUUAAAUGUGCGAUGCAAGGAGAAACAUCUAAGGAAACGUAAACCUAACCUGGCACCCUAUACAAAUCCGGAUGAUCCAAGAUUAUCAUGGCUUGAACUUGAUUUUCUAAAUUAUUUCACUGAGUGGCAAGAUAGAGUUGCAAGAAGGCCAGGACAGUUCACAGCAUCACAACGAGCUGCUAUGCUUCUCAGUCGACAAACGCUAGAGGGGUUGCAGAUGUCAGUUAAAUCUUUCGUUGAGGUUACGAAAUAUCUUUUGAACCAUGGUGUAGAGUAUGUCUGAGUGAGAAACUGCCAGGAUCCAUUAGAGGCCCACUUCAGCAAGCAUAGACAUCGUGGAGGGGCAAAUAAUGACCCCACAGUACAAGCCUUUGGAUACCAAGAUAAUGCCAUAAGGUUACAGAAAUCUCAUCAUCUCCAGUGUAUCACCGGCAAUACUGGUCAGUGUAAGCGUGCAGUGGAAGAAGUAAUUGACACUACACCCCUGCAAAAAAGAUGUCGAACUGGCGUGUAGCUUAUUCCUCCCACUUUAUUUAGCAUAGCUCAGCGUUGACUACUAUUCAAAUGUGGAGAAAAUGUGUUAGAGCAAUGACUGUGUACUCAAUAGGAACCCAUCAUGAUUUUACAAUUUGUUUCCUCUAAUUAGGGAAUAAAUAACAUACAAACACACAUUAAAUGAUGUUAGUGUUUUUUAAUAACUUGUAUGUACAUGGAAAUAUAAAGAGGCAAUGUAAAUUUUUAAAGUAAGUGUUAUUGUUAAUAAAGUUUUAAAGCUUUAAAAAAA